AAGAACUGGUAGACACCACGCAAAAGUCCUUGUGAGUUGCGAUCACAGUCAAUUGUCUUGCAGAGCUCUUUUCACUGUUUCUCAUGGACCAAGCGAAGUCUUUCGUUGAUCCAAGGAGCGGUUUCAACUCAGUAACAAUGACCUUCCACAGCCUUAGACCCCCGAUUGAUCUUCCUCCAGAAGACACUCCUAUAUCAGCCGCUGCGUACGCUUUCUCGCUCCGACUCAACUCGCCUUGCCCAGACUCGGUCGCUCUGAUAAACUCCGCCACGGGUCAGCGCGUCUCUUACUCCGAGUUCACUCGCAAAACCGAAUGCCUAACCUCAUAUCUCCGCUCCGUUAUCGGACUCUCCAAAGGCGACACCGCAUUCAUUCUCUCUCCGAACCUCGUUCAAGUUCCGAUCCUCUACUUCUCGCUGCUCACGCUCGGAGUGGUCAUCUCGCCGGCGAACCCAAUCAGCACCGAGUUGGAGAUUUCCGGGCUGGUCCAGCUGUGCAAUCCGGUGAUCGCCUUUGCUACGUCGUCCACCGCUCACAAGCUCCCCACUCUCCGAUUCAAAACCAUCCGUCUCGACUCGCCCGAGUUUGACUCAAUGAUGAUAAGUCCGGUACAAAGGCUAGACAGAGUCGCAGUGAGCCAAUCCGAUUUGGCGGCGAUCAUGUACUCGUCCGGGACCACCGGGAAGGUCAAGGGAGCGACGUUGACUCACCGGAAUCUGAUGGCAGUGGUUGCCGUUUCUUGCGCGAACCGGUUGGAGAGAGAAUCCCCCGACUUGCUCCUCUACACGGUGCCGUACUUCCACGUGUUCGGGUUAUCCUACUGCUUGAAGUCGGUGGCUCUGAGCGAGGCCCAGGUGGUGAUGGAGAGGUUUGAUCUGAGGAAGAUGCUGAGAGCGGUGGAGGAGUUUAGGGUGACCCACGUGGCGCUUAGCCCGCCGGUAGUGGUGCCCAUGGCCAAGAGUGAUGUUAUAGACGGCUACGAUUUGAGCUCGUUGGGGGGAGUCACUUCCGGCGGAGCUCCGCUCGGGAAGGAUGUCAUUGCGGCUUUCGUGGCCAGGUUUCCAAGCGUUGUCUUUGUGCAGGGCUAUGGGCUGACUGAAAUAGCGGGAGGAUCGUUCAUAACCGCUGGUCACGAGGAGAGUCUUCAUUGGGGAUCUGCAGGGAGGCUCGCCGGAGGUUUUGAAGUAAAAAUAGUAGACCCGGUGACAGGUGAUAGUUUGCCUCCGGGAAAGCAAGGGGAGCUCUGGAUUAAAGGACCCUCAGUCAUGAAAGGUUAUGUUGGUGAUCCCGAAGCAACUUGUGCAACCAUAGUAGCAGAUGGGUGGUUGAGAACGGGUGAUCUUUGUUAUAUUGAUAAAGAGGGUUUCCUCUUUGUUACAGAUAGGCUCAAGGAAUUGAUCAAAUACAAGGGAUACCAGGUACCCCCUGCAGAGCUGGAGCAAUUGCUUCAGUCCCACCCGGAGAUAGCUGAUGCUGCUGUGAUACCAUGCCCAGAUGAAGAAGCUGGAGAGGUGCCAAUGGCUUUUGUCGUAAGACAGCCUCAAAGCAGGCUUGGUGGACCAGAAAUAAUGGAUUUCGUCGCAAAGCAGUUUUGCCCCCUCCCCUGUGAACCAAAGCCACCGUGUUACGUGUAUGAUUGGAAUCCUUGCCUGCCCGAAUUACAGCUAAUUUUUUACAAGCAAUUGAGAGAGACCCCGAUGGAUCCAGAUCCACAUGCAAGUGUUGGUCACGUUGCACCGUACAAGAAAAUAAGGCGCGUAGCGUUUGUCACUUCCAUACCCAAGUCCGCAGCUGGCAAAAUACUGAGAAAGGAUUUAAGGAAGCUUCUUCCCUCAAGCUCUUCUAGGUUGUGAUCAUUUUUCGCCGGCGCAAUAUAGAACAUUAGAAGCUCAAUAAUGGCGGUGGUUUUCCGUUUAGAUUGCUGGCCGGAAUUCAAGUUUGAUGAUAAAUAAUAGCUAGAAGAUCUUAAUUUGUGUAAUUGCUGAAACAAUAAUUUCGUUUUUAGUUUUAAUUUAAUUUAAUUUAAUUUAAUUU